CUCUUGGAUUAUGCUAUCCCACUUAGCCCCGGCAUCAUCGAUUCUCUCCUCCUCCCGCACCACUCUCUCGCACCACUCUCUCGCAACCCUCGCACCCCACGUCCCAUUUAAUCCCCACCUCUCCACUCAGCGCCGAGUCGAGAGAGAGAGAGAGAGUUUCACACCCCACUGAUUGAACCUACGCAAAAUGUUCGCCGUGCGAAAUACUACCGCUCGCCGGGCCUGUGCUACCGCCGUGGCCGUGGCCAAUCGACUUCCUGUUGCGCGAAGUGCCGCCGCAGCUGCUGUCCGGGGUCUGGCCACCGUCAACAAUGCAGCUGCUACCCCGCCUAAGAAGACCAAGUUCGGAGGCCUCAGCGACCAGGACCGCAUUUUCCAGAACCUGUACGGACAGCAUGGAGCGGACCUCAAAACCGCGAUGAAGUUUGGCGACUGGUACAAGACGAAGGAAAUCUUGUUGAAGGGCCAUGAUUGGAUCAUUUCCGAGAUCAAGACCUCGGGAUUGAGAGGUCGCGGUGGCGCUGGUUUCCCGUCGGGAAUGAAGUGGUCGUUCAUGAACCCUCCUGGAUGGGACAAGGGCACCACCCCCCGCUACCUGGUCGUCAACGCCGAUGAGGGAGAGCCAGGAACCUGCAAGGACCGUGAGAUCAUGCGAAAGGACCCACACAAGCUCGUCGAGGGAUGUCUCGUUGCCGGUCGCGCCAUGAACGCCACCGCCGCUUACAUCUACAUCCGCGGUGAGUUCUAUCACGAGGCUACGAUCCUUCAGCGCGCCAUCCAGGAGGCGUAUGCUGCUGGCUUUAUCGGAAAGAAUGCUUGCGGUUCCGGAUACGAUUUCGAUGUCUUUGUUCACCGUGGAAUGGGAGCGUACGUGUGUGGAGAGGAGACUUCAUUGAUUGAGAGUUUGGAGGGAAAGCCGGGAAAGCCUAGACUGAAGCCGCCAUUCCCUGCUGCUGUCGGUCUGUUCGGAUGCCCGAGUACUGUGGCGAACGUUGAGACGAUCGCUGUUGCGCCGACUAUCUGCCGACGAGGUGGUUCUUGGUUCGACUCGUUCGGCCGUGACCGGAACUCCGGAACGAAGCUCUUCUGUAUCUCGGGACACGUCAACAACCCCUGCACCGUCGAGGAGGAGAUGUCGAUUCCUCUUCGGGAGCUAAUCGAGAAGCAUUGUGGUGGUGUUAAGGGUGGUUGGGACAACCUUCUGGCCGUAAUCCCUGGUGGAUCGUCUACCCCCAUUCUUCCUAGGAAGAUUUGCGACGACGUGCUCAUGGACUUUGAUGCGCUGAAGGACGUGCAGUCCGGUCUUGGAACUGCCGCUGUCAUCGUCAUGGACAAGAGCACCGAUGUUAUCCGCGCCAUCUCGCGGCUGUCCAAGUUCUACAAGCACGAGUCUUGCGGUCAAUGCACACCCUGCCGUGAGGGAUCCGCAUGGACCUACCAGAUCAUGAACAGAUUCGCCAAGGGCCAGGGACGGACACGGGAGAUCGAUAUGCUUCAGGAGCUCACCAAGCAGGUUGAGGGUCACACUAUCUGCGCUUUGGGAGAGGCUUUCGCAUGGCCUAUCCAGGGUCUUAUCAGACACUUCCGGCCAGAGCUGGAGGCCCGGAUGGCGGAUUACGCCAAAGAGCAUGGUGGUGAGGCGCUGGCUGGUGGACACGAGCACAACGCUCGGGAACUGGGCAAGUUGAUCUCACCUGGACAGUAGGUGAUGAGCAUGAGCAAAGGGGGAUGAGUGUGUGGAAUUGGCAUUGUAGAAUACGGGAUGUUUUCCUGCAGCGGUCGAGGUUGAGGGGGGGUGUGGUGUGCAUUGUUCUGCCCUUUAUAUAGUCCGGUACAUUUCUAUUGACCGAUAUAAUUGGAGGCUGCUAUCGCGAUCAUGAG